AUGACCAACUUCAUCAACUCACCUGGUUUACAUUUCUUCUCACAUUCUCAACAAAAAACUAACACCUCAUCAAGAUCAACAACAUCAACAACAUCAACAUCACCAAAGCUACCUCACAAUCCAUUCUCGUGUUUAGAAUCACUCAGAUCAUUAAAUAAAAACUUCAAUCAACUUCAUACUUCAAAUCUUUCAACUGGUCUCUCAAGACUUAUCAUUAGAAGUCAUCCCUCAAAUUCAAACCAAGAAGAAGAACCUCAUGAAGAACUUGUUUGGAAAGCUUCUCAGCUGAUCUGGUCAAAAGGUUCAAUCAUUUAUCGUAAAUUCGAUUUUUCAGAUCCUGCUAUUCCUCAUAAUGGCGACUCAAAUCAAAAUCAUAUCAUUCAAGCUCUCUUUGCCAACUUCGAUCAUCCAUCUUCUCAACUCUCGAAUCAAAACUCUCAUCAUUCAAAUUUACCUCAAUUCUCUUCAUCAUCUUCAAACAACCAUCAAUCCUUUCAACCUUGGUCUGAUAAUCGACCACUUAAGUCUUUUGAUUUUUCAUUAUCUCAAUCACCUGUACGCGCUCUUUGCGUGCUCUUACUUGAUGUACUCAAGAUCUAUUAUCCUACUGGUGAAGAAUAUACUAUCGCAGUUCCAUUUCCGAUUGCAAAACUAUGGCCAAUCGAACGUGGUAUCUUAGCUAUGAAGAAGCCAAUCUCAGUUCAAGCUACACCCUUCAUUCCUUAUCAUCCUCCUUCUCCUGCUUCUGUUAAACGUAGAAGUACAGCAAAGCGUCUGUCAGCUAGGCCUUCUGAUCCUCUUGUUGAUAGUAUGAUUACAGAGAAUGAGACAAGAUGGUGGUCUAGUAUCGCUGGUUAUGAGCUUAAUGACGAAGGAGAUUAUUCAGAUAGUGAGGCUGAUCAAGAAGAAGCACAACUUAGGCGUUAUUGGGCUGAACGCAAGGAGAUCGAGUCAUCUAUGCUAUGGACUCUUUCUGACCCUUCAACGGCUCCCUUGACACCUCUAGUCACUCCCCCUCGUAAGCCAGGUUGUUCAUUGCCAUCUGGCACGGUGGUCUUUGUGGCCGAUCCUACGUUGGAACCGCUUCAUCCGGUUUGCGUCACCGCUUCAACGGAAGGUUUUACAAUCUUUUUAUGUGGACGGCUACCACCCAACAUCUCAGAUGGAAUCGUACAGCCAUCACAUUCAUCUCCAAAACCGGCUCACGUCCCUACCACGACUGCUAGCAUGUUACCUCCACCCCCACCGCGCUUGCCUACCCCGCCAAAUGUAUCAACAGUCAAUCAACCUCAGCUCCGACGCAGUCCACGUAAACUUGUUAGCGCGCGACGGAACCUAACAGGUAUCGAAACUGAUGAAAUCCAGUCCACGGAAGCUAAUCGCCCUAGCCGUCUUGCCAGCCUAGGUCAUCCAUCCCUUCGACGCUCAAUAUCUAGUGCCCAUCCCCGUCAUCCUUCUGGUUCGAUGGUUCCCCUUCCUGUAGGUACAAAGAACCGUUCAGGCACUGUAGGAGGGCCAAGCGGUGUGAUGGGAGUCACUGGGCACCGUGUCAGUAAUGCGAGUAAUUCAAGUUUUCAUUUCGGUGGCGCCUCUUCAACUUCUGGGUUACGCAGGGCUUCUGGUCGAAAAAGUUUGGUGGGUCAUCAACUUGAAAUCAUGUCAGGUGGACCGGUGGGAUCAUCAGUCGGUCCAACACCAAUGACUAUCGAUCGAGCUUCGGGACCUGGAGUGACCACCGGAUUCGAAGAGUGGUUUGCGGGGGUAAACGAGCCAGCUCAAGCCGAGAGAGUUGAUGGUCAGUUGACCGAUGAGACUCUUGAUCCGGAAUGGGUGAUUGAAAGGCUACAGACAGUAGAAAUCCCGGACAGACUCAGUCCAGAAGAUUUGCCCGCGAUACAUGCUGCAAUCUACGACGUACGUGGGCCUAAGGCGUACUUGGCUGUAUGCAUACCUUCAAAAGGCUUGGUGUUUACCUUUCGAAUGACACGUGUUAAAGAUUCUAUUCGCCUAGAAUCUUUUGGUCCUCCGACAUCUGGGACGGCUAUUGGACCAGUUCUGUCAACCAGACCUCAUAUUUUUGAUCUGUUUAAAGCUGAUGGAUCGGGAUCCAUCGAAAUCCUCUCUGCUGAUUCUAUGCGUAUUCACAAAUAUAUCGAUUUACCAACCGAAGAUGUGCGUGUAUGGCCACUGGAUCCCUUAGUAUUGUUGAUACUACAGGCAUUGGCACAAUCCAUAGACACAGUAGUCUUUUCCAAUUGGCUGUCAAGUUUCGUUACUCUUCAACUAACUUCAAAACCCGCAGAAGCGCUCGAUAGUUUACUUUCAGAAGUCAUCAUCGGGGAGUCUCCAGGAAUCAAGAAUAAAUCUGAGCAAGUUCAAAGCCACGAAUCGAUAAACGAGCUCUUGCGACUGGAUCCAGCACUUUCAGGACUUCGUACCUUCAACCUCAAGAUUGAAGAUCGAUGUUCAUCAUCUACACCCCCAGUUUCAACUAAACCUCUGUCAAAGCCAUCCUCUCCAAAAAAGAAGAUGAACCGAUCUACCAAUCGCUCCACUAACCCUGAAUCUGACUCGAUCAAGAUUCAAGCCAUGAUAGGCCUUGGAAAGCUUUGUGCAGAAUUGAGCUGUUCGACCUCACGUUCGAGUGAAUCAGAAAGACUUAUCAGGCUUAUGCUUAAACUCACCGGAUCACUCGGAUGGACAGAUUGGACGGAACGUUUACGACGGAUGGCACCCUCGAAUAUACUAGCACACUGUCCCAAACUAGUGAUAGCUCAAGGAGAUCGAUCGCUAGGACCGACAGAGCCACUGAUGCCCGAACUGACUGACCAUCUCGAAAGAAUCAGAGCUGGAUCUCCCCCACCGCAUUUUUAUGGAGACCAAGAGAUCUAUCCACGUUCGAAACAAAUCACAAAAUUCUACAGUAUAUUGUUUGAUCAAAAUACUACUGAAGACUCGACAAUUGAAGUCUUAUUAGAGAUGGAUAAAUUUCAUUGGAAACGUGAAGAUUUAGAUGAUGUACCUUGGAAGAUAUCAUUACCUAUUCGUGAAGGUUUGAGAGAAUGUCAAUUUGGUGCUCCGAUUGGUUUAUCUGCAUCAGCUUAUGAGUUGAUUGAUCGUCCUGAUCUUGCGAUCGUGGUAAGGAAAGAUGAGAAGGGUGGUAAGGAAAGAGAUACGAGGAAGAUUAAGAAAACUUUCCAGAUUAAUACUGUGCCACCACCUAGUAUUCAGCAAUUGUCUGCUUCGUCAAUCGCGGUUGAAAAAUCUCCUAUAUUAGCUUCAGAAACCGACGCCAUCAGUUUGAUGGAUGAUCCAUCACAUGUGAAUGUGGCCUCAAGAUUUAGCGAUGAUAUGAGAAUUAUCGAAGUGGCACGGAUGUUGAAUUAUACCAAGGAGGCUGUGAUGAGUGUUCAAGAAGCAGCAACUGAACUCUCGCCCGCUGACAUAGCACGUCAAUUUUCAAACGUUUUUAUUGGUGUUUCGAAGCGAACUAUGGCCUUACCAUUUGGAGGAGCCUGUUUUUGGUAUCGAACUGAUUCAAAUAUCGCUGCAACCGUACCUUUGAUCAAGCUCGAUGUCAAGGUCUUGCCCAUGGGAGUGAUCAUUCAACCCGACCAGACUAAGCUUGAGCCACUGACAUGGCCGAGAUUUCAUGCGGGGGUAGCGGCUGCUUUGAGUUUAUCAGUUUUGCCCGGUGCAUUCGACGGCUCUCAGAUCGCGUUCGACCGACCAGAUGAACCAGAUGAUCGGCAUGCUGGUUAUCUGUUUGGUUUAGGUUUAAAUGGACAUCUUCGUUCAAUCAGUCGUCUUCAGAUCUACCGUUAUCUCGAAACGAAGCAUGAGAUGACCUCCAUUGGACUUUUGCUUGGUCUAUCAGGCGCAUUUAUUGGUACAGGGGACUCAAGAGCCAGUAGUAUCAUUGCUGCUCAUGUACCAGCCUUACAUCCUACUAAAUCUGUCGAACUCCAGGUUAGUCCACUGACUCAGUCUGCCGGAUUCGUUAGCUUUGGUCUACUUCAUCUUGGCACUGGCAAUCGAAGGUUAUCGGACGGGAUGUUACGAGAACUUGCACGAACUCGACGGGUGUUGACAGAUACACCUGAGGCAUGUCGCGAGACUUACACCCUAUGUGCGGGUCUUGGUUAUGGAUUGGUCAUGCUCGGACGCGGGACAGAAUCAAACACGCCGGCGCAUAAGGAUUUGAUGCGAACAUUCAAAUCAUUGAUCCAUGGCGAUGGUGCACAUCCAUUACCAGGUCUUAAUCCACCUACUUCAACUAUCGAUGUUAGCGUGACCAGUCCAGCAGCCACCUUGGCACUCGCCUUACUAUAUCUCAAAACUGGUAGGCAAGAAGCUGUGACGAUGUGCGAGAUUCCUCAGACUGAGACUCGAUUGGAGUAUAUUCGACCGGAUCUCUUAAUGAUUAGAACCCUGGCUAAAUGUUUAAUCAAGUGGGAUACAAUCGAAGCUGAGAUGAGUUGGAUGGAAAGUCUAGUGCCCAAGGUGAUCAUAGAAUCGGUCAGAAGGUCAGGAAGAUUGAUGGUAAAGAUGAAGAGUGAAGUAGAAAUGAUAUAUUGGUCGAUUGUUACUGGUGCAGCUUUGGGAAUGGCAUUGAAACAUGCUGGUACAGCAUCUGCUGAAGUUCAUAAGAUCUUGUUAAGCUUAUAUGAUCGAUUAUUGAAAGGGGCGAAUCAACCUGCUCUGAGUGUUCAAGGUAACCUUCGUCGCCAUUGCUUAAGAUCGUGCCGUAAUGUGAUCACCCUGGGACUUGGCAUUGUGAUGGCAGGCACAGGAGAGUUAGAAGUACUCAGACGGCUUAGGAUUGCACAUGCGAAUAUAAACGAUUCUACUAGCUAUGGUACUCAUCUCGCUACUCACUUUGCGCUUGGGAUGUUAUUUUUAGGAGGAGGUCGAUUCACACUUAGUACAUCGGAUACUGCGAUCGCAUGUUUACUCUGUUCGGUUUAUCCGAUAUUCCCCAGCAGAUCGGAUGAUCAAAUUCAUCAUCUUCAACCACUUCGACAUGUAUGGGUCUUGGCCGUUGAGCCCAGAUGUGUGAUAGCUAGAGACGUAGAUAGGAAAGGUGAAAUGAUUUAUUUACCACUAAAAUUGAAAUUAAGAGAGAUUGGCAAUAGUCCGAUUGAACUAAGGAAUAAAGUUUUAACAGCACCUACACUUGUACCUGAACUAGAUAAAAUCAGAUCAGUAAGAGUUGAAUCACCCAGAUAUUGGCCUUUGGUAUUAGAUUUAGAAAAAAAUCCGAUUCAUAAAGAAUAUUUCAAUGGGUCUCGUACGAUUUGGGUAAAAAGAAAAGUAGGACAUUUGAGUUAUUUACAAGAUCCUAAAGGGACUAAAAGUAUUGCUUGUAGAGGGCGUGGAGCUGAAGAAAUUGCUGCUUGUGCUAUUGAUGAUCUUGGUAGAAGGUCUAGAUUGAUUAGAGAUGCGAUUAAAUCUUCUACAGGUUCAUUGGAAGAUUGUCAUACUCAGAUUAGUGGAGAUUUAGAUAAAUUGAUUAGAGGAUUUGAACUUGAUGGACUAUCGAUCGGAUUGGUUGAUUAUAUUUGUUCAAAAUCAAAAUCAAGAAGAAAGAUCAAAGAUAAUGGAAACGAACAGGAAGAAAAUGACUUUGCUUCAUUUGUUUCUUCUUCACUUUUACAAUGUUUAAUUGAAAACAAAAUGGAGAUUUUAACCUUUUAUUUUGAUUUAUAUUUUUAUCAAAACUUUCAAACUGAUUCAAAAUUGAAAGAAAUGAUGAAAUUAAUCGAAUUUUAUAAAGAAAAUUUAAGAGGAAAAGAACGAAAGUUGAAGAAGAAAGAAAUCAAUUCUAGAAGAAAGCAAGAAGAAUCAAUGGAAGAUAUUGAAUUAGAUUUAAUACAAGAUCAGGAAGAAGAAGAAGAAAAUGAAAAGAUGAAAAGGUUAAUUGAUUUAAAGGUUUUAGAACAAAUUGACAGAAAGUUUAAAAGGAAACUUGAUCUAUGGUCUAAGACUGAAACAGGCGGAAAAAGUAUAAAAGAAUAUUUAGAUAGUAAUGGAAUUCAAUGGCCAAAAGAAAUUGAAGAGAUUGAAAUGAUUAAAAAUUGGAUUGAAAUUGAAAAUAUACCAUUACCUAAAGUAAUGAAAACUUUAAGAAAAUUAAUUGAAGAAAGUUUUGGAAAAGAUAAUGAGAUUGUAGAAGAAGAAAUGAUUUUGAAAAUUAAAGGUUGGUUAGGUAGAGGGAACUUGACGGAUGAUGAAUUUGUAGAAAAGUUUUUUGAAUCUUCUAAAAGAGUUAAUAGAAGGUGA